AUGGUGUAUCGCGGCAAGCCUUCAGCUGCAUGCGCUGAAUGCAGGAAACUGCGCAGCCGGUGUGACAAGAAACUGCCUGCCUGUGGACAGUGUAUCAAGGCUGGCCGUGGCUGCUCAGGGUAUCGCAACAUGGUCGACCUCAUGUUUCUCAAUGAGAGUAGCCGAGUGGUUACACAGAACCGGGGUCGCAUUUCGGCUAGGAAAAUGCCUCUAGAUGAUGAUGAUGCCAACAAGAUGUUAUUUCAACGAGCUAAAAAUCAAGAGCCACCCGAAUCUCCUUUGCGAUUAGCUGGUUUCAUCAUGUAUCAGCCUCUGGACGACCUCGGGGUCAAUUUCUUCAUGAAUAACUUCAUCGUGGACGAUCCAAACAUGUCGUUGAUCCACUAUCUCCCCAGCUACUAUGCCAGAUUAGGAUUCUCUGGUCCUGCACUGCGACAGAUGUGCGCAGCUGUUGGGCUAGUCAGCCUUGCGAACAAAUCUCACAGGAAGGAUAUGCUAGAUGCGGCCACCAAAAACUACUCUACUGCAAUACGAGUUAUUAACGCUGCUCUAUUAUGUCCAAAGAAGGCAGCUCAGGAUUCCAUACUUGCAUCGAUAUUCAUGGCAGCCAUGUUCGAAGCCUUGAUCAUCCCACGACAUGUAGGCAUGGAUAACUGCUGCACGCAUCUAGCAGGUGCUGUAUCAGUGGCACACUUGAUUCUGAAGCAGGAGGGGCAUACUGAUGUCACGAUACAACAGUGUACGGCACUGGUCAAGAUUGUCAUCAUGAACUGCUGGGUUCAACAAAUAUCCCUACCACCCAACUUUUCCGAGUUCAAGAAUCUGGUAGAAAAGAAAGCUGCACGCACUUCCGUAUAUGACAUGUUCUUGAAUAUAGUCAUGGAACUGCUCCAGUUCAAGAAUGAAAUCCAGAACUCAAUGCAAGAUGGCCCUACUGCUAUCAUAGCAAAGGCUCUGGCUAUCGACAGCUCUCUAGACGAUUUCGCGCGUACAUUGGACUGUCAGAUUCCGUUUGAAUCUGUCCAACUACCUGCUGGUGAGAGCGAGUAUUUGGCUUACAAAGGAUAUUAUCACAUAUAUCCUCAACACAUCCAUGCCCAUUUAUGGAACAACGUUCGCUCAUCCCGCAUACGCCUCCACCAACUCAUCGUACGACAAUCACAAGGCCUCACACCGACCCCAAAACUCAGCGCUCAAAAAGCAACAUCCAAAGCCGUCAUCGUUACACUGGCCACGGAAAUGAUCGCAAGCGUGCCCCAGCUUGCAGGCUACCUUGAAGACCUGGAAACAUCAAUCACACCCAUCAUACGCAUCGUAUGGACCGCAGACGGCAUCUCAUAUGAGCUGAGAUAUCCAACACAGCGAUGCGCCGCUGCUCACACCCCCGAAUCCAAUCCUCACAGUUUUUACCACAUACUGUAUCAGUUGUACAUCUACGGAGCUGAAUCGUGUCUACCCCAGUGUUACACGGGGUCUGGAGUGCUAAUACUUCUCUGGCUCGAUCCGGGUUAG